UUGAUAGUACUGCCUCUGGGCCGAAGCCUGUCAUUCCCGGGCGGAUCGUUUGUUGUCAAGAUGGAGUUCUUACUUGGAAAUCCGUACAGUACUCCCGUGGGCCAGUGUAUAGAGAGAGCAACAGAUGGAGGCCUACAGAAUGAGGACUGGACCCUCAACAUGGAGAUCUGCGAUAUCAUAAAUGAAACCGAUGAAGGGCCAAAAGAUGCCAUGCGGGCACUGAAGAAGAGACUGAGCGGCAACAAGAACUACAGAGAAGUUAUGCUCGCACUAACCGUAUUGGAGACAUGUGUGAAGAACUGUGGUCACAGGUUUCAUGUCCAGGUGGCCAACAGAGAUUUUAUUGAUGGUGUUUUGGUAAAGAUCAUCUCCCCCAAAGCCAACCCCCCAACGAUCGUACAAGACAAAGUGCUGUCUCUUAUACAGGCCUGGGCAGAUGCCUUCAGGAGUAGUCCUGAUCUAACUGGGGUGGUGCAUAUUUAUGAGGAACUGAAAAGGAAAGGUGUUGAGUUCCCAAUGGCAGACCUGGAUGCACUGUCUCCGAUUCACACACCACAGAGGGGGACACCAGAAGUAGAUCCAGCCAUGGUCAAGUACCUUGCCCCAACCUCACCUGAUCCCACGACUCCUAAACCUGCCUCACCCGUUCCCCCUGCCACACAGGCCCCUGAAAUUCCCAACCCCAUCACAGCAACUCCUGAACAGAUUGCCCGGCUGCGUAGCGAGCUGGACGUAGUGCGAGGAAACGUCAAAGUCAUGUCGGAGAUGCUAACUGAGAUGGUCCCAGGUCAGGAAGAGGCUUCUGAUCUAGAACUGCUUCAGGAGCUGAACAGAACAUGCCGAGCUAUGCAGCAGAGAGUGGUCGAGCUGAUUUCGCGCGUCUCUAAUGAGGAAGUGACCGAGGAGCUCCUACACGCAAAUGAUGACCUCAACAACAUUUUCCUCCGAUACGAGAGGUAUGAGAGGUACAGGUCAGGUAGAGCUGCACAGAACAAUGGGCUGAUGGAGAUGUUAACUGAAGCCACAGAGGACAACCUGAUAGACCUGGGCCCAGGAUCCCCAGCUGUGGUAACACCCAGGAUCACAUCCAGCCCUCCACCUAGCUCCACUGUUGGAGCCAUGGCUUCUCCUGCCCGCAACCCCACUGCAGCAUCCCUAUCCAGUGCUCUAGCUGGACUUGAUGUAGGCUCAGAAAGCCCGAGCGGCACCCCGUCGUCUCAAUCGGCCCAGAACCCGGACGACUUUGACAUGUUCGCACAGACCAGGGGGAGCUCUCUGGCUGAACAGCGCAAAAAUGUAAAAUAUGAAGACCCUCAGGCUCUGGGUGGCCUGGCCUCUGCUUUGGGUGUUAGACAACAGAAUACAGGAGGGCUGAGGGUUAAAGGGGAUGAUAACCCAGCAGAUCAGGAGCUGCCCAUAGACAGCUGGCUUAUUACCCAAGGAAUGAUCCCAGUAUCGCAGUCCUCUGUCAUGGAUGACAUAGAGGAGUGGCUCUGUACUGACGUGAAAGGUGAUGCUGCUGAAGAAGGGGUAACUAGUGAAGAAUUUGAUAAGUUCCUGGAGGAGCGAGCUAAGGCUGCAGACACUCUGCCAUCUCCCCCAGGAUCUAACCCUGCUAACCUCUCCCACCCCGCCCGUGCCCCGAGUGGCUCCCAUAAGAAGACUGAACGGACGGAAGAUGCCCUCUUUGCCUUGUAGACUGUUCUCAGAGGACCUCGGUUUCUCUCCAGGGCAUCUAAAGGUCUUGGCCCAAAAUGACCCCACCCGCCACCCUCCAAAACAAUCCUCCUAGUCCCAUUUCAUUGCUGACUGGCAUUGGUGUAGCAACUGAUCUCCACCUCCUUGUUGUUAUCUUGCCAGAGUGUCGCUCUAACCAUCAGAGGUCCAACAAGUUUACUGCACAUUACUGCGUUAUGUUUUACUGUAUAUGGAUGUAUUAAUCUGUCAGUGUGGGAUGUACUGCUCGCAGCCCCGCAUCUCAUUCCAUAACUCGCCACCAAAGGAGGACAACUUCACUUAACUGACAUGUGGUUUAAAAAUGUGACACCUGACCGUGAGAUUACUGGGAAAUUUCUCUGAAGGUCUACUCACAGAGUCAGUAUGGAAGCAUUUUAUUAGGAGUAUAUUGUGUUAUUUUACUACAUUUCGGCUAAAUGCUUAUUUAUGCAUUAAUUGUUUUAUUUUUUUGUGUUAUAUACUGAUCGAUCAGUGCAUUUGUUAAGAGUUGUGGAUUUCUAGUUAUGCUUAAUACUGAGAUAUUCGUGGCAGGGCAGCGCCUCUUAUUACCCAGUUUGCUUAAGGCACUGUAAUGAACAGUUUCAUGUUAGCAGGCUAAUUUUGCAAACUAAGAUUAUAAUAUUAGCUAAUCUCUUUAAAAUGUGUAUGCCAGCAUUCCUCUAACCAAAGGGAAUUAAGAAUAAUAAAAAUCAAAAAAUGUACUAGUUAGGAUUCACUCUUAUCUCGUAUCUAUUUCAGAUAGCUAAGGGGAAGGAAGAUGCUCAUUGAAAAGCUACAAGAAGUUAAUGUAGAAAAGUGCCGCAAACUGCAAACACUUUAAGCCAUUCCAAAGAAUAUUGAUGCUUUAAUGACAAACUAGUUCUUCAUUUUACCAAUCGAAAAAUAGUGACAUUCACACGCUCAAAAUAAGUUGCUGGAUUGUCAAAAUUUUCCUCCCCCCGCCGCGUUAAUGUCUGUGCACUUUGAAGCAAAAAAAGAAAAAUCUGUAUUUUGUCCUUUUGUGUUUACAAGAUGCUUACUAUUUUUCUAGGGGAUGGGAAAUGAUCUUAAGAAUGAGUUCAUUUUGCACAUAACUUUUCUAACUAUGUAAUUAGUGCGCUUGUUUGCCUAACAAGUGGAUAGAUGGACCAUUGGACUGUUGGAAAUUCCAUAAAGAUGCAACACAGAAAUAAAGAUUUAAAUGAUAAUGUCAGCUUAGCACUGGCAUCAUAAUCAUCUACAAGACAAGUGUGCUGUGGUAACAGAUGCAUUCACACAGGCAAAUCUUCACAUACUCCAUAGUAUUUAAUCAAUAUACCUCAAAAUACAGAAACGGUGGUUUCUGUAAAAAAUCUAUUGGGUCAUAAUAAUAUCAGGAUCACUGAAAGUAUUAUUUUGUUUUCCCCUUCUGUAUUUUUAUAAUUCAUGGUUAAAAAAACAACAAAGGGGAAACGAACAACUGAUGUUUUUGAGGCCGAGGUUGAACCGUGCGGGAAGCAAGCACGAUUUUGCGUUCUUUGAUUUCGUGCAGUCAAACACAUUACAGUUUAUUUCCUGUGCAUUUUCAACCUGCUAUGAUUCAUCUGCUCUCAUUGGAGCUGCUGCCAAGCAUUUCUAUGACCGACUGAUUUCAGCAGAGUUGCUCUGUCGAGAAAGGUUUUGUCUUUGAUCCGAGGCAAAAUAGAAAACCCGUCUUAUUUGCAGCUCUUUUUCCAGUUCAUUUUAACACUGCACUUCAAACAGAUUUUCUUUUUCUCCUUUCAGUCCAUUUAAGACCAAAAGCCUUGUUAAUCAGAGGCAGCCCAUUUGCACCUCAGUUGUAAAGCUUCUUGCUAACAUAGAUGCAAAGGUGACAUUAAAAAUGUAUUUGUGUAAUCAAUGUAUUUUAGAUUAAAAAAAUAAUAAUGAUAAUGAGCUUUAAUUUUCUUUCAUGCUGUAUGGUUACACUUGGUUUUGAGGGUUUAUUAUCAUUGCCAGAUAACAAAUAUAAAAACAUCUACCAUGCAAGUUGAACAAGGACGGUUACUAAAACUGUAACAGGAGAUUCUUUAAAGGGAACUUUGACAGUUUUCUGUGUUUGUGUGUUCUGUAACUUUGCAUCUGUAACAGAGUGUAUUGUGUUAACUUGCUCUUAUGAAGCUUAAGUCCUGGUUGCAACAUGUAUUCCUCUAAAUUCUGGCUAUCUUUAAAGUGGUAACUGAAUGUCUUUAAUACCCGCGAAGCGGGAUAUUUAAGCUUGUGUUUUGUGGACAUGGAAUUGAGGCUUGUUUUCUAUCGGUGGGUGCUCCAUGUCUCUCUGGCUGUGCUGUCUGCUGCCAUUACUAAUGGUCAGAUUUGUAUUUGACCUAAUGCACGUAUGUAACUGCCCAAUAAAACACUAGCAGUGUGUGACCUCUA